AUGGAAACGCAAAAAGACUUUUGUGGAUGCUAUAAGAACGUUUUGCUUGAUUUAUUUCAACUAAGCACAUCAAAGGAAUUUUUAUCGACGAUCGAGAAACUUCCAACUACUAAAGCGCAGAGCCUGAAGCAUCGCCAAGAUUUUUGCCAAUUGAAAAGUCAUCCAUUUUGUGCUGCUUUUUUUUCGGCAAACAAAAUAUUAUAA